AUCUCAGCAGCAGCGGCGCGUAUAUCAGAUGAAAUGGUUUGGCUCUCGGGGUUACAGGAAGUUGUAACAGCUGCCAUGUUUAGCUGCUUUGUUGUAGAUUUCUUGUAGGUUUCCUGCAGAUUUUUUUAAGUGUUGCAAUGGAGCAGAGCUGGAGUUCAUUUUUAUUUCAGCAGGCCAAUGAAGCCCUCCACCACCAGCAUCAGAACAGCCUUCUGCCGCUGCUCAACUCUGAGCCGCAGGAUCAAAAGCCUGUUCUUCCUAUCCAGCUCGACCAGAAACCCCCAGUCAGUGCAGCUGACAUCCACAAAGACAACAUGGGAGGCGGGACGGGUGGAGGGGGAGGAGGUGGUGGUGGUGGCGGCGGUCAGGUGGUAAUAAAGAAGGAGCCCAAGUCAAAGACGCCCUUCAUAUGCGGCUACUGCAACAAGGCCUUUCGGGACAGUUACCACCUCCGGCGACAUGAGUCCUGUCACACGGGCAUUAAGAUGGUGUCACGGUCCAAGAAGACAACCACAGCGCCCACCAUGGUGCCUCUCAUUUCCACUGUGCCACGCGAUAACAACGGCAACCCCUCCUAUGUCUCAACGAUGGCGGGCAUCCUCACCACAGCCACCACCUCCGCGUCCACGGCCGCAGGUAUAAUGUCGGUCCUGCCUCAACAGCAACCAGCCAUGCCCAAGAAACCCCCCAAACCAGUGAAGAAGAACCACGGCUGCGAGAUGUGUGGCAAGGCCUUCCGGGACGUCUACCACCUCAACCGCCACAAGCUCUCGCACUCGGACGAGAAGCCCUUCGAGUGCCCCAUCUGUCACCAGCGCUUCAAAAGGAAGGACCGCAUGACCUAUCACGUGCGGUCGCAUGACGGUGGCGUGCACAAGCCGUAUAUCUGCUCCGUUUGUGGGAAAGGCUUCUCGAGGCCGGAUCAUCUUAGCUGUCAUGUCAAGCAUGUACACUCCACAGAACGACCCUUUAAAUGCCAAGUAACGGCCUGCACAUCUGCCUUCGCCACCAAAGACCGCCUGCGUUCACACAUGAUACGGCAUGAAGGCAAGGUCACCUGCAACAUUUGCGGGAAGAUGCUGAGUGCCGCCUACAUCACCAGCCAUCUCAAGACCCACGGCCAGGCCGGCUUCACCUCCCCCUGUAACAAAGACUCUAACAACGUGUGCAACUCUGCCUCAGCCACAUCAGUCACUUCUUCAACCGCGUCCAACACUACGGUCAUGAACCGCUGCACCAUCAGCAAUCCCAUCACCAUCGCCGCUCAGAUGAACAUCACCACCAACACGGUCAACAUCACCUCCCCCGUCAGCCUUCAGCACCCGGUCACCAUCACUGCUCCCGUCAACAUAACCUCAGUCAACAUCCCAGCCACGGCGCCCAUGAACAUCGCCCAUCCCGUCGCCAUCACCUCGCCCAUGUCGAUGAACAUCACCGGUCCACUCAACAUAGCCAUGAGGCCGAUGGAAAGCAUGUCUUUCCUCUCACAGGUCCUGCCUUCCAGCCCGCCCUGGUAGAACCCACUGUCCUUCUAGUAAACCUCAUGUCUCCCAUUUUAGUCUUCCUCUCCAGCUGUGAGGGGAAAAAAGAGCCUGGAGGAAUGGGGAAUAUAGGAAAAUGACAGUCCGCAGCUGCAAGGAAUCAUGCGGAUGUUAGCUGGCACUUUGCGUCUCCUUCGUUCGGCUGUGAGAUAAGCAGAUUGCCUAGGGUUUAGUGACGGACAGAAAAAAUAGUUAUUGCAUGGAGUGGAAGACUGACAUGCUGUAUGUUUGGUGAUUUCACUUUUCUAGUGCCAGAAAAUCCUUGCCAGUCGGCUGUUUGAAGCAGAGCGUGUCGCCGCUUCAUUGUUAGUGUUAACGGUUUAAGGACUUCGGCAAAUAUUACUGUGAGGAUUUUAUUUUUGUUACGUUAGCUUGCUUAUCAGUAUUUCAUAGUUUUAUGCAUUUUAAUGAGUCCCGUAAAACAAAGGGACAGUGGCUUCCAUUAGUGGAAGAUGAGAGCUUUUUUUUUUUUUUUUUUAAGACAAUACUCUACAAAUGAGGAAAUUUUAGAAUAAGUUUUUAAAAGGCCUCAUUUCAUUAUAAGCCUUUUAAUCUGUAGCUGUGUUUUUAUUAUUAUUAUAAUAAUUAUUAUUCUUUAGGUAUUUUUUGGAGUUGGUUAUUCCUGAUUGUAGAAUAAUUAUGUUCUGUUUCAAUAGCUGGGAUAUUUUCUGCUUAGUGGGGUUGAACAUUUACAGUUACAAUCUUGCACUGGACACAUAUCUCUCUGGUGGUUAUUCUGACGGCAGUAUUAUUUUAGAUCAAAUAUUUUGAGUGUUCAUAUAGAUGCCUGGUCACCAAGUGGCCAACUUCAUCACUUGAAAGGUCCAUUUUUAUUCUUAAGAGCAUUUAGUUUUGUAAUCGAGACGUCUCUGCUCUUCCUUUCUGAAGGACGAGGGCUGUUUUUCCUUAGGACCUUUUUCUCAGGAAAUUUGCUGAG